AUGACUGAAUUUUGUUUUAUUGAAGGCAAGCACAAUAAAGCUGAGUGCGAGAAACAGUGUCCAAUAAAAACCCCGAAGAGAGGUUUAUACUGUGGACCGGGCUCAAGUUUGCUUGGUUCAGCCCAUUGUAUUACACUUCAAAUUGGCCUGGCUUUGAAGAAACCAAUGUUGGAAAAGACAACGGGUGAAAUGCCCAGCAUUAAAUGCUUUGCCAAAAUAAAAAAGACAAUUACGACAAAGGGCUACAGAGGCAGAAAAGAAAGGAAAUUAAUGGAGGGCAAAAUACGUGCAAAGAAUCGUCUAAGAGAAGGGACAGUGCUCCGCAAUAGGCAGGUAAAUAAUCACAAAAAUUACAGUGCUUCACUCUUCAAGUCCCCAUACAGCGUACCACCAUUACAUGCGGAAACAAUAGCAAAUAACGAGUGA